GACGACCAACCAACACCGCUUGGAGGACCAGAAACCCAAGACAGAGAUUCUGGAAAUAACAACGACUUCCUUAAGGUAAUAUUUUAAUCUCCUAAAGGCAUUUUACUUUCGAUUACAAUUGCCAAGUGCCUAGGGACACGAAAAUGUCGUUGCGCACAAAAUAUAGCUUGUCUGACUCGCAGCCACUCAGGGGCACUGUCUAACACGGGCUAAAUACUCGGCAUAAAGCAAGUUUCUGGAUGUAUACCUUCUUGGAUUAGAAUAUUGGGAAAAGAUUUCAAAGGUACUCUUCUUCGAUCAUGGGAAACUUAAUUUUGUGAUCUUGAGCAUAGCGUGCUCACAGUCACGGUCUUGACACGGAAAAAACAGGACGGAAGAGGAAAGGACACGGCAAACCUUCUGUGACAAGCGUGGCAAUAAUUUUGUUUCAAAUAACUUUCCGCCAAGCUUUCAUUUUUCUUUAAACAGAUAUUUUGUAAAAGACCAGAAAAGAUUAAUGGUAAUAUAAGUGAAGAUCACGAUAAAACUCGAAAGUUGUAAUAGCCCUGUCACGUUUGUCACACACAAGCUUCUUCCUGCCGUCCUGUUGCGUAAACCAGGACUCCUGGCACAAGGAGAUCUUGGAGCAUUUCUAGGUCUUUCUACCUACGAAAAUAACAUUACUCUGCACUAAAAUAAAACGCAAGCACUGUGUUCCGAAAUAUUUCAUUGACAAAAUUUCGAUUCUUGCCUAGGGUUAUGGAACCAAUCAGCAUUAACCUCAAUAGUGUUGGGAAGAUUGAAAACACCUUUAACCUUCAUUAUCUUGUCUCCCUACCCCUCAUUACAGGUACGGUUUUGUAUAAAGAUCGACCGGACCGUCCCUGUAAACAUAUGCAUUUGGACUAUGAUAAAAUCAUUAUGAUAGUUAUGGAACUCAACUUUAAAGUCGAAAAGCUGAAGAACUAUGGUAGUUCUGGUUAUUUGCACAGGGUGCCCAAACGCUACGCUGUAUUAGCUACUAGAAAAAAUUAGAUGUAUUUACGCUGUAUUAGCUAAUAAAAUAAUAAAAUGCAUUUUCCUUUGUUCCUGUGUCUUUAUGAGUCGUUUUGGAAGGGAUCAUGAUUUGAAUCCGAUCAGAGACGGUUAAGAUUGCUGGUUAUCAAAUGCGUUUGCUGGUCUGGCGCGUCGUAAAUAAGACGCUCAAGUUUCGUCUCACGUAUCUAAUAUUGUCAUGUUAACUAUUAACUCUCGAUCUCCUUGGGAGAUGAUCUCGGAUUUCAAUUUAACGGUCACCAGAAGAGAAAAGAGUCUCUUCUCUUCUCUUCUCGUGGCCGUUAGAGGAAAGUUAAUAGUUAACAAUACUGUAUUCGGAAGGUGAGACGAUAUAUGUUCCUGUCCAAUUAUAUUAUAUUACUCGAUCCCAUUAGCUUGGGAAACCUUUAGACAGGCCACAAGAAAAGUGAAAGCGUUAAAUAGCGCAUGGCUGGGCACGGGACAAUAUGUCGCUUUUGGUUUCGGAUUGUAACAAGGUUAAAAUUUCCUUGAGCCCCCACGCCUAUGUAAAAGUCGCAGUUCUUUUGUAUUAGGGCUUAGCUCCAUUUUUAACGGUGUCUUGCUGAAAAUCUCUUUUAUAAGGCUUCAUCGACUUUUUAGUCAAGACGUCUUUUGCCUGAGUUAGACAUGAAGAGUCAACCAACACAGGAAGAUUUUCAGGAUGACAGAGAUCCACGGGGCAACAAUGACUUUAUUCAGGUAAGACAAAAUACUUACGGCAUUUUUGUUUCGGUUUCGAUGAAUAAGUUAUGGUGUCGUUCUAGCUGUAAAGAUGUGGGCUGAAAUAAAACACACGCACCGCGUUCCUGUUACGGGUUGUCCAGAUAUCGAUUCCUUGUUUACUUUGUACUGUUUGCCAAAGUUCAGUAGGCCUGUUAUGGCUGAAGCAUUAAUUCUAGCCCAUGAAACUGUAUGUGACCGAACAGACUGAAUCAGGAUACUGUGGUUUCAGCAUUGACCCAGAUUAUUUUCCCGGCUGAUGCAUAAUGUUUUCUCUAAAAAAGUUCAAGCUGUCAUUGAAUCACUUAGGGCUGGAAAUACCAAAAAAAUACUUUGCUUUCUACACGUAUUAAGAGGGCAAGAGUAGAGGAUGUUUAUCAGAAACCUAUAUUCUCACUCUCGCUGCCCGCUGAAAUGAGCAAAGACGUCCCAGGUACACACUAAGUGAAGAAAAGCUAGCGUUACACACCCUAAUAAAGCCGUGGUUCUAAAUCAUGUCAUUCUGUUUGCGAACGCAAAUACAAAACGUUGACAAGUGGGUAUACGUUAAACAUUCAGUGCAAUCAGCUAAGGGCAGUUUCAGCAAAUAAGUUUAUUUCUGAAAACGUGGUUGAACUCAGGGGCAUCCAGCGGUCGGAAAAUAUCUGUUAGGAAGACGAUUUCAAAUCUAGAAUUUUCGGAACAUUUGUUGGAAAAUUUCUUGCUUACUUACCUCUCCUAGAAUUUUCGACAUCUAGAAAAUGGUAAAAUAGCCCAUUUUUAACAGAUUUUUAUCCUAAAAAGCUCACCGAGAAUUUUCGGGAGCCUUUUUUCUUGCUAAAAGUUUCGAAAAGGUAAGUUUUGAUCUCUAUAAUUUUCGUACUUUUAGCUAGGACAGAUGAAAAAUUUGUAGGGGAUAAAAAUAUGCCUAUAUCUACCGUUUAAAUACUAAAGCACGUUCAACAAUGCUAUGUUUAAGUGGUUUUGAACUAUAUUCUCGUUGGGUGCCCCUUUGAACUCAAACGUACGAAAGUACCGAAAGUAACACAACAUAUACUACACGUGCUCUUUUUGUUUAAGAAAUACUGAAUUUGCAUUUGAUAAAAAUGAAGAGGUCUAAAUACAAGUAGCAUACUGAUUACAUUUUCGAGAUUUUUCAAUCAAUAAGUAUUGGACAGCAUGAUUUUAUAGCUAAUAAUAUAAACGAAAAAAUUACUCAGUUCUGAUUGGCUGAGAAAGAAGUGCACUCGCCCUACGGGCUGUGCACUUUUGUUGGUCUUUGAAAAAUUUACUCUUGCUUAUUUAUUCCAAAUUGCACUCGAAAUCAUGUGAUUACCUAUACUUAUAUAAUAUAGCUUGAUUAAGCGUGGGUAGUGUUAAUUUUCUGAUUGGUUAGCCAACCAGAAGCACUAAGGCCCUGUUCAGACGCGAACUUUUCAUGAGCCGAACCUAAGUCGCCGAAUAGGCCACUUUACUUGCACUGAGAGGUCACACAACCAAUGCUUCCUUUAAACAAUGAGUUGAAAUCUUGCUGAUGCCAAAACUUGACAGAGCGCAUAAAAAUUAUCUUACACCCGAAAUGUGAGAGGAAACUCAUCUAAGGGAGACAUUUUAUUGCACUUCGAUUUUUCAACAAAGUAGUGUGAUUUGCAUUGGCCGCCAUGUUAGAGGGCAUACUCUAGCCCGCCAACAUGGCGGUAAAAACUACAUUUUGCUUGUAUCGUGUUAAACGUUUGAUAGUUACGCUUAGAUGUGCUGUAAAUGUUACCACAUCAUCUUUUCAACAUUUUCCUUAAAGUUUAAGUGCAAAAUUUGUUUUCAAAAAGAGGCAAUUCAGAAUUUUGAAAAUCACAUUUUGGUCACGUGACCAGCUACGAACUUACUCAUUUUAAGAAAAUGUUGCGGGUUUGAAAAACCAAAUCAGUAUUAUUUCGUUUAAGAUAUGGCCCACUAAUCGUUUUUCGUAGGCAAAAUCAUAUAACUUUCAUUUUCAUAAAAAUGAUGUCACAUGACCUCUCAGUGCAAAUGGCCUAUUAAGACCGACCCAAACUAUUUAGACCACCUGAAUUGAUUCAGACGCCGAUCUUAAUUCCAGCCGAACUUAAUUCAAGAGGAGAAAAAUACUCAUUUUGGUGAAACUGCUUGCAAAAUACGUUGUUAUAAUUUAUGCAUUAGGUUCGCUACAUGAAAAGUUCGGCGUCUGAAUCAAAGCCGUUCAAAAGUAUUCCACAGUCGAAAUUCCCGGCGUGUCGUUGCAAAAUGUGGUAUCUGGUGAUGUCCACCAGCCAUGAGUGAGGUUCGUAAUGCACCAAUCUCUAGUAACAACAGUGUUACUAAUUGUCCUGCACACCAUCGCUUGAUCAAGCCGAUUACCAGCAACCAAAGAUCACGUUCAAUAAGAAAGUGACCAUACUGAGACGAACACUUAUCAAAGAACAGUUAUCUUAUAAAUGGUGAAUGUUAUCUUAUAUCAGUUAUCUUAUAAGUGGUGAAUCUGUUUGUGGACCGGUCGCAGUUUACUUAAAAAAAAAAAUUGGGACACCCCAGCUGGUGAUUCCACGUCACAAGCCAGACUUCAAAAAGGGCGGGAAACCCUAAAAAAGAGACUUACAUUUUCUAUUUAAGUAAACGUGCAUUGCUAUUGCUUUCGUUCGUAUAGAGAUCCCUUUUACCUUAGUCAAAGAAAUUACAGGUAAAUUCUGUUUUCUUAUUUGUAGGUUGCCUAUUCCGAUGUGAUAUGCGAGCCCCCUGCAGCACAUAGUCCUCAGUGUUCGUACCAGUUCACUAAAGCCGUUUAUGCCAAUACCUCUAAUUUGACGUAUAGCAUUUUGACGCUGCUGUUUGGCGGGCCGUUAUCGUUUAUCUAUGGUUUGUCGUGUGGAGUGAUAAGCUUCUUUUUUGUUUGGCUUGUCACACCAUUUGUUCGUGCUUGGCUCAUUUUUUUGGGGCUGGUGGGAAAAGUCUGGUUGUCUUUUGUGAAGUGCUUCUAUGAUCCGUAUUUCGAGUCAUGCGGAAAAAUUUUCUCCAACGUCAAUAUUACCUUUCGAAGUGGUACUGUUCAAAACGUGUGA